CGAAAAAAAAGUAUAUUCAACAUAAUAUUCGUCUCUGUUUUUCUUCUAUAUUUCUGAGGUUCGAUCUGUUUCACGUCCUAGACUUGCUGCUUCUUGUCCUCUGCUACUCAAAACUCCUGACCCAACGCACAAAUCCACGCACCCAGAAAACCAGAGCUCCAGAUCUGUUUCAUAAUCAAUCAGCCAAUCAUGGCGACUCCUCAGGUUCUUCAGCGAGAUGAUGACCUUCUCCUUUCAUCCUCUCUCUUUGACCCUCGAAAAGUUGUUUUUGUGCAGGAGAGAAUGCGAAGUCCCAUGGGAUGUCAAUUGAGAAGAAGAUCGAGUUUCUUGAGAGCUUGACUGGAACGGUUAGCAACCGACGGUCUCGCAGAUGGUUAAAUGACCGUCUUCUCAUGGAACUUGUUCCCCGUUUAAAUGCAGAAGAGAUUCGAGGCUUGUUUGCACCCCCACCUUGGGGUGAUGAGGUACCAUUGUCUGCAUUUUGCUUGACUAAUGUUGGAGAAUGGGACAAAUUUAGGAAUAUAGACAUGGAUAAAGAGGCUACUAUUCUUGAUGCUUUAGAAAGAUCACCCUUGAAAAAGCCAGGUCGUGUUGAUGCUGAUAAGAUGGCUGUCUUGAAUGCAUGGCAUAGAGUUAACUGUCGAACAAGAGAGGCACUUCGGCGUAGCUUUCUUUCAGAACUUAUUGAGGGCUAUGAGGAGUGUAUACGAGCCUUCAUCACGGAUAGUGGAGACGGGGAUAUUCUCGUGCUACGGGUUCAAGAUCCUUUUCAUAGAUUAUUGCUACAUGGAGUCUGUGAGUUCUACAACUUGGUCUCAGUGACAGUUAAAGAGUCCAAAGAUGCAGGGUCAUCGAAGAUGACAAGGAUAACAAAGAAGAAAAAGAGUGCUGCUGAGCUCCCAAAUAUCACACUGACUCAUUUUCUGAGGAUGUCCAAAGAAGGAACUUGGUGAUUCAAUUGUGCACGAACUUUGUCUGUCAAUAUAAUAAAUGCGUGCUUAGUUUUUAACUUAAUGUACACUGAAAUGUAUCAUGUUCAGUCCCAAUAAUCAGCAAAAGUAGCUGAUAAACAUGUAUAUUUGAAAAAGCUAGUGUGUGAAUGUUUCAUUACCAUCAGUCAACUAACAAGUUGAUUGUAACUAGAUUUAGGGCACAAUAAGAACAAAUUUACUUUGUAUUGUUAUCUGUUUAGAAGAUAUUGCUUAUGUAGUUAAUUUCA